AAAGGCUGGAGACUUGGGUGUCUAUAGCUGGAGCAGAACAGGAAGAAGAGAAAUCAUGACCCAAGAGCGACUGUGGCAGGUCCUAGAGCCAUUGUGGGGAGACCCUCGCGCCCUUUCAGCCCUGCUCUGUGGUUCAGCUGCAGCCAUUGUGCUGCUGAAAUGGCUGGAACGCAGGCAGAUCCAGCAGAAGAUGGAGGAGAUGAGGAGAACACGGGAUCUGGCUCUGGAGCGAAUGAAGAAGGCAGUUCACAGGCUUAAGCAAGAGAACCCAGGAACCCAGACCUCACAUAUCCUCUCGCUGACCAUGGUGGAGUUGGUGGAGAAGCUGAAGGAAGGGUCCCUGUCGCCAGAAAGUGUCCUGUACUCCUACAUGAGCAAAGCUUUGGAGGUAACUCGGGAGGUGAACUGCGUAAUAGACUUCAUUCAUGGCUGUGAGGAUCAGCUCCAGAAACUGAAGAAGCAGAAGGAGAAGGGACUGCUCUAUGGCAUUCCCGUCAGCAUCAAGGACCACAUUAACUGCAAGGGCCACGUCUCCUCUGGAGGGAUGGUGAAGUUUCUGGGCCAAGUGCAGGAAGAAGAUAGCGUCAUCGUCCAGGUUCUAAAGAGCCAGGGGGCAAUCCCCUUCGUGAAAACCAACAUCCCACAGACAAUGAUAAACUAUGACUGCAGCAACCUCAUCUUUGGCCAGACGCUGAACCCUCUCAACCACCAGAAGACCCCAGGGGGCUCCUCAGGAGGAGAGGGAGCUCUGAUCGCAGGAGGAGGCUCCAUCCUGGGCAUUGGCUCAGAUGUAGCUGGCAGCAUCCGCCUGCCCUCCAGCUUCUGUGGCCUGUGUGGGCUCAAACCUACAGGCAGCAGGGUCAGCAAGCUGGGUGUGGUUUCUCCUAUCAGAGGAAUGCAAUCAGUGACAGGGAUGCUGGGGCCAAUGGCGAGGGAUGUGGACAGCCUGGCCCUCUGCAUGAAGGCACUGCUCUGUGAGGAGAUGUUCCGGCUGGAUCCCACUGUGCCCCCCAUCCCCUUUAAUAAGGAGAUUUACACCAGUUCAAAGCCACUUCGAAUUGGGUAUUAUGAAGAAGAUGGCUACUUCCAGCCUUCACCGAGCAUGAAACGAGCCAUCCAGCAGACAAGAAAGCUCCUGCAGGACGCAGGGCAUACGCUUGUUCCCUUUGCACCACCCAAGAUUGACUAUGUGGUAGACGAGCUGUUUACCAGAGGGAUUUUCUCAGAUGGAGCUGCUCACCUGGUGGACUGCUUCAAAGGAGACAUCGUGGAUCCCAACCUGAAAUCCCAGUUCAACACUUACAGGCUUCCUACUGUGGUGAAAAGGAUCUUGGCUAUAAUUUUGAAACCCAUAUACCCACGAAUCGCUCGGGAUCUCAGCGCUCUCUGUGGAGUGGGGUCUGCCAAAAACCUCUGGGAUCAGCAUGGAGCAGUGGCGGCUUACCGCACUGAAUUCAUUGCUAAAUGGAGGAAGCUAAGGCUGGAUGUGAUUCUUUGCCCCAUGCUGGGGCCAGCUUUUAACCACGGCUACGCUGGGAAGCUAUUUGCUGCGACCUCCUAUACCAAUUUAUACAACGUCUUAGACUUCCCUGCUGGAGUGGUGCCAGUCAGCACAGUCACAAAAGCCGAUGAAGAGGAACUGAAGCAUUACCGAGGAUACUACAGAGACCCUUGGGAUAAGAGGCUGAAAGAGGCUGUGGAAGGAGCGGUGGGGCUACCGGUGGCUGUCCAAUGCGUGGCUCUGCCAUGGCAGGAGGAGCUGUGCCUUCGCUUCAUGAAGGAGGUGGAGAUACUUGCCCACAGCACAAAGAGAAAUGUGUGAUUUCUGGGAACCUGCCUUCACUGCGAUGGCUUUUCUUCCCCUGCCCUUCACAUCUGAUGCACAAAGCAAAGUAGAUAGUGACCUGCAGACUCUGAACCACCGUUUCAAUAAAGUGGCAAUAAAUGCUGUUUAAAAA